GCGGAGUGAUCAUUUUGUGCGUUGGAACUUGAGAGAACCAUUCACUCAAACAGAGAGAGACAUUGGAGACUUACGUUUCUUACCAGACACUCUCUUCAACUACAAAUUCAGGUGGCAAAGAAAUUUCAAUGGCUCUGGUGGUGUCAGGUGGCAAAGCAGCCACGAUGCCCCUUCAGGCCAAUGCUCUUCUUCCUCUAAGUAUCAAGACCAAAGCAAGAGUCCUAAGCGCAUCUGCAUCUGCAUUUCCGCUUUUCUCAUCAGCUCCUCAUUUCGCUUCCAGGUCCCUCUCAGUCCGCCUCAAGAUGUCGAGGCAUGUGGUAUCGUCUGUUUUGUCAGAGGACAAAGCUACUGGGUUUAGUGGCUCGGGGACAGAUGCUUUCAAGCUGACAUACUUGGAGGGCAAUAGCUGGUUAUGGGAAACAAGUGGCUUGAAAAUCCUGGUUGAUCCGAUUCUCGUCGGUAAUUUGGAUUUUGGAAUCCCAUGGCUCUAUGAUGCUGCCAAAAGAUAUUUGAAGGGCUUCAAGCUUGAUGAUCUCCCUGAAGUUGAUUGCCUACUCAUAACCCAAAGCCUUGAUGAUCAUUGUCAUCUGAAUACCCUAAGGCCACUUUCUGAGAAAUCUCCAGGCAUAAAGGUUAUUGCUACUCCAAAUGCAAAGCCUUUGCUGGAUCCUCUUUUUAAAAAUGUCACUUAUCUGGAACCUGGAGAUAGCUGUGAGCUAAACGCAAGAAACGGUUCUAAGAUCCGAGUUAAAGCCACAGCAGGACCUAUCCUUGGUCCACCAUGGCAACGCCCUGAAAACGGGUAUCUCCUUGUAUCCCCUGAAGAUCAGAUAUCUCUCUACUACGAACCUCAUUGUGUAUGCAACAUGGAACUUCUGAAGAAUGAAAGAGCCGACAUUGUAAUCACACCGGUCAUCAAACAACUUCUCCCACGAUUUACUCUUGUGUCUGGCCAAGAAGACGCUGUCCAGCUCGCCAAACUCUUGGAAGCCAAGUUUGUUGUGCCGAUGCAAAAUGGCGAGCUUGAAGCAAAGGGACUUUUAGCAACCAUAAUAAAGAAAGAAGGAACGUUGGAAUCAUUUAAGGAACUAUUGUUGAAAGAGCUCCCAAAAGCUCAAGUGUUGGAGCCUAUAGCAGGCGUGCCUCUAGAGAUCUUGGCUCCAUCUUUAGAGGUUUAAAAUGUAACAGUACAAACUAAAUGAGGAUGCACAGAUGUGAAUAUACACAUGUGAAAUGAAGCUUUUUAGUGAGGGAACAAAUAUAUAGUUUGAGAUAGCUCUUAAAGAAGAAGAGUGAUGAUGGAGAUUAUUUCA